CCAACACAAGUUCAGCCCAAAAAUUGGGCGGGACGGUUUCGAACUUCAUUCUUCGGCGAUCAAAUCCCAAACCCUAGGAAAAAAUUCCCAGCAAAAAUGGAGGAGCACGACAUCGAUGAAAGCGAGCAGAAACUCGAAGCAGAGGUAGCUCCGGCACUAAUUGCGGUCCAUCCCAAUCAGAAAUUCGUAUCCGUCGCCGUCGGUUCGGAUCUCCGGGUUUUCAGUUUCCAACAUGGCUCUGCAGCUCAAUUGUCGGAUGAAACUGGGGGCCACAAUGACUCUAUUCGCGCCAUCCGAUACAGUAAAAGCGGGAAGCUUUUUGUGUCGGGUGGAGAUGAUAAGCUUGUGAAAGUUUGGGAUACUGAUUCCUGGCGCUGUGUUUAUUCAGUUGUUUCGGAGAAGAGAGUGACCUCUCUUGCAGUAAGUGGUGAUGACAAGUUUGUGUCUUUUGCGGAUAAGUUUGGUGUUGUUUAUGUCGUGGAUAUAGGAGAUUAUGAUGAUGAGAAUCGAGCUACGGUUCGUAAGAAGGCAGUCCCAAUCCUUUCACAUUAUUGUAGCAUAAUUACUCGACUGGAUUUUUCACCGGAUGGGCGAUAUAUUAUCAGUGCUGAUCGUGACUUCAAAAUUCGUGUCACGCUCUUCUCCAAAGAGCGCUUAGAAGGAGCUCAUGAGAUUCAAUGUUUUUGCCUUGGUCAUACUGAGUUUGUUUCUUCCCUUGCGUUUCCCCGUAGUCAGGAUUAUGCACGAGGCCUAUUAGUCUCUGGAAGUGGUGACUCAACAGUUCGGCUCUGAGAUUAUAACUCUGGUUCUCUGCUGGAUACGUGCGAGAUUGGAACUAAGACAGGACUUUUAAAUUCUAAUCAAAAGCAAGAGGAUGCGCUACCCGCUGUAACUGAUCUCUGCGAAACUUAUGAUGGCUCGAUGGUUGCUGCUGCUAUUCAGAGUUUGCAAGGGAUUAUGCUGUUAAGAUGCAAUUUUUCUUCCAGGACUCUCUCCAUUGCCAAAGUGGUUUCUGUCGCUGGAGAGACAUUCAUUCCAACAAGUAUCUCAGCUUCCUCUUCAGUCCCGUUGUUGUGGAUGGUCAUGGGUGCAUCCAGCUUAAGUGCUACUGAUUCCGCACCCUUAGCUCGUGUAAGAGUCGUUUCUGGGUUUGGUGCUCAUCAUUCGGAACCCAUUGUGCCUGAGACUUCCGUGGUAGAAGAUAAAGAGGUACCCGGAGGAGAGCCUCUGCUCGAAGCACUGCAAGGAAGAUUGACAAUAAGCGAAGAAGCAUCCUUGACAACUGCUGAAGCAGUCAAAACAGCAAUGCGCAAUUUGCUGAUCAAGAAGCAAUAUUCGGCUGAGGGACGAGACUUCAGAAAACGGGGACGAAAUGAUAAGAAGAUCAAUCCAUAGCCUGUAAUAUGAUAUAGUUUUGUAGUGUAUGAAUAUGGAAAUCUUGCUAUAUUAUGUUUAAAAUUUUAUUCA